AUGAUACUGUAUCCCCACAUGCAGAAAAUCCUCGAUUUAUGCCAACGACAAUUUGCCCAGAUCGAAAUCACCGAUGUGAAAGCUUACCGUAACUUGGGCGCAGUGGACUUUGAAAAUCUUAAAGCGGUUGUUCAACAAGAAGUGGCGAACAAAAUGGAGAUAUUGACACAGAAAUGGCUUCCAAAGAUUUUCCAGUUAUUUUCGGAUAAAAAUUCAAUACCUCCUCUGCGGAGCGAUAUGCUCGAGUCCUUCUUCAACUGCGUUUCCACUAUCCUGUCAAUACAGAUAAAGCACUUCCUGCAGCGAAAUCUCGAAGAAUGGGUAGACCUUUUUGACGAAGAACAUACAGAAAGGUUGCCAGUGCUAAAGAUGUACCUUACCUAUGAAGACCAGAAAGUGCAGUUUUAUCCAAGUAUGGAAGAUCUGGAGGACCUAAUUUUGUUCAUCAGUGACCAGAUCACUAACUCGCUGCAGCAAGUACCGACGGUGCAGUCCUGGCUCAACAUACCAACUACUAAAAAAUACGUGGAUGCAACGUUGCCACCACACGUAUUAAACCCAGCCAGGGAAAAACUUCGGGCUGCUGUGAAACGCUACCUUGAAAGUCCGUAUAAAUAUUUCGAAAAGAAAUUUGUUGAGCCAUAUUCCUUCUUGUUGGAUGGAUCCGAGGCCAAAAAGGUGGAGAAUUUCCUGAACAGCAAACAGGAAUUUCGAGACUACCGUGAGUAUACGGCCAAGUUGCACGCCAUUGGUCACGAGGUCAUGACUUUGCCGAAUACAGAAUACUUUGAUCUCAUUCGUCUGGAUUGCGAGGAUGUCAAAGUUGGACUGUCUAAAGAAUGUCGGCGCCUUGCCAAUGUAUUGCUGGAACGUGUGGUCUCAGAUUUCAAACAAACGAACAACGAGAUUUGCGCUAGUUUCGAAGAAAUGCGCGAUCGCAGCAGAGCGAUUCCACAGAGUAGUGAAGAACUAAUUGACAUGAUUCGGUACAUGGAGGAAGCUCGAUGCCAAGGCAUGGUUCGUAUGGAAGCAAAGAUAUCGUGGGCCCGCGAAUAUCUUGACUAUCUGUUAGAUGUUUACAUCUUUACACCGGAAGAUAUUGCUCAAAAUAGCGCGGUGUUUUCAUGGAAGGCUCGGAUUCAACCUGAGUUUGACGAGAAUGACAAACUGCAAGAACGAAUGCGAGCCGUUGGUGAGUCCGCGGUAAUUGCUCGUCGAGAGAAACUGACCACGGAACUGAACAGACUGCGCAACCGGGUUGAUGAAUUCAAUGACUACGGAGAGAUGGAUAGUGAAAUGCAAAACCAAUAUGUGCAAGACGUCCGUGCUGUGCUAAAACGUUUAAUGGACGCGGAGAAUGAACGUGCUUGGAUUAACAAGGAGGAGGCAUUAUACAGGCUUCAAGUAACAAACUAUCCGGAUAUCGAAGAGAUCCGAGCUUUGGCUGAACCGUUCCAGAGACUAUUCACCACAGUUGUAAGAUACAACAAGUCAGAAAGAAGAUGGUUACAUGGCGAGUUUGACAAGCUAAAUGCCGAAGCAAUCGAAGCGGAGGUGGAAGAGUACUGGCGCGAAGUUUUCAAAUUGCAAAAGUUGUUUACAGCUAGAGUCAAGAAAAUGCGCAUGGAAUUGGAUGAACGCAGGCGAAAUCAGAGAAAACGUCGAAAGGAAGAGGCACGAGCAGCCGCGGAAGAAGGAGCCGACGCAGAAGCCAUCGCUGCUGCCGAAGCCGCUGCACUUGCAGCAGAAAAAGAACUUGAGGAUGUCAAGCCACCGGCUGCACUGGACAUUAUCAAGAAAAUACAGGCACAGAUGAAGAGUUUCAAGGAAAUCAUACCAGUUAUCGGGAUUCUGUGCAAUCCUGGCAUACGCAAACGCCAUUGGGAACAAAUGUCCCUCAUCGCUGGGCAGGACCUUACGCCAGACAGUGGAACAUCCUUAGCGAAAAUGCUACAACUGAAUUUGGACCCCUAUAUGGAUGAAUUUGCUGGUAUUUCAAGUGGAGCGAGCAAGGAGUUCACCUUGGAAACCAACAUGCGGAAGAUGCGUGAAGACUGGGUCGAAGUUGCUUUCGGGAUGACUGCCUACCGCGAAACCGGUAUUUCUAUUCUGGCUUCAGUCGAUGACAUACAACAAAUGUUGGAUGAUCAAAUCGUGAAGACCCAAACAAUGAGGGGCUCUCCAUUCAUUAAACCAUUUGAAUCUGAAAUAAAGGAAUGGGAGGAGCGGCUCCUUUAUAUCCAGGAGACCAUUGAUGAGUGGCUCAAAAUGCAGGCUCAGUGGCUCUACCUGGAACCGAUCUUCUGCUCUGAGGACAUCAUGCAACAGAUGCCUGAAGAAGGGCGUUUGUUCCAAGUGGUGGAUAGAAAUUGGAAGGAUAUAAUGCGCAAUACGGCGAAAGAUCCGAACGUAUUGAAAGCCACUGCGUUCCAAGGUAUUAAGGAGCGCCUGAAAGACAGCAACGCUCUGUUGGACAAGAUUAACAAAGGACUGAAUGCCUAUCUGGAGAAAAAACGUUUGUUUUUCGCACGAUUCUUCUUUCUCUCCAACGACGAAAUGCUGGAAAUUUUAUCGGAAACCAAAGACCCUUUGCGUGUCCAGCCACAUUUGAAGAAAUGCUUCGAAGGUAUUGCAAAGCUGGAAUUUGACAAUCGGCUGGAUAUCAAAGCGAUGUUUUCAAGUGAGGGAGAAAAGAUUGUUUUGAGCCAAGUUGUCAGCACCUCGGAAGCCCGAGGAGCAGUGGAAAAGUGGCUCCUUCAAGUGCAAGAAUCCAUGCUGCUCUCGGUCAGAGAUGUGAUAGCUGCUGCUCGUGAGGCGUACGAUAUUGAAAACCGUGAGGAUUGGGUGUGCUCUUGGCCCGGACAAGUGGUUCUGUGUGUAUCACAAAUUUUCUGGACCCUAGACGUACACGAAUACCUCCGUUAUGGUGUACAAGGUCUACAAAACUACCAUCAAAAGUUGGAUCAGCAGAUGGCCGAUAUUGUUCGCCUUGUACGUGGGAAACUGAAUGCUCAACAGCGUAUCACCCUUGGUGCGUUGGUCGUGAUUGACGUGCACGCUCGUGAUGUGGUUAGAGACAUGAUCAAGAUGGAAGUCACCUCAGAAAAUGACUUCAACUGGUUGUCACAGCUACGGUACUAUUGGGAAGAGGAAAAUGUCAAGGUUCGCCUGACCAAUGCCACGGUAAAAUACGCUUACGAAUACCUCGGCAACUCACCUCGACUCGUGAUCACCCCACUCACUGAUCGAUGCUAUCGUACACUGAUUGGUGCAUUCCAUUUGAAUUUGAACGGGGCACCAGAAGGUCCAGCCGGAACAGGGAAAACGGAAACUACCAAAGAUUUGGCUAAAGCCCUGGCUGUUCAGUGCGUCGUGUUCAAUUGCUCCGACGGAUUGGACUACAUCGCUAUGGGCAAGAUUCUCUGCAUUAUACGCGCAAUUCAGGCUCACGUUGAUCGCUUCGUGUUUGAAGGGACUGAGAUCGACUUGAACCCAAACUGUUACGUGUGUAUUACGAUGAAUCCCGGGUACGCUGGACGUUCCGAACUUCCGGACAAUCUGAAGAUUCUCUUUCGUCCAGUAGCCAUGAUGGUCCCCGACUACGCGAUGAUUGGCGAGAUUUCCCUCUACUCAUACGGGUUCAUGGAUGCUCGCAGUUUGUCCGUAAAAAUUGUGACUACCUACCGGUUGUGUUCUGAACAAUUAUCUUCACAGCCUCACUACGAUUAUGGCAUGCGUGCGGUUAAAGCAGUUCUUUCUGCUGCUGGAAACUUGAAGCUGAAGUUUCCCGACGAGAACGAAAACAUUUUGCUUUUGCGCUCAAUCCAAGAUGUGAACUUGCCGAAAUUUUUGGCCCACGAUUUGCCCCUAUUUCGUGGUAUCAUUUCCGACCUUUUCCCUGGCGUCGUGCUACCCGAAGCGGACUACACAGUUUUCUUGACUGAAGCAGAACAAGUUGCAAGGGAGCACAACCUUCAAGCAGUUCCAUUCUUCAAGGAAAAGUUAAUACAAACAUACGAAAUGAUGAUUGUACGGCACGGCUUCAUGCUCGUCGGUGAGCCAUUCGGAUCGAAAACAACGGUGCUACAUACUUUAGCUGAAGUGAUGACGCGAUUGAAUGAAAGCGGUCAUGAGGAGUACGAGAAGGUUCUCUUCAAAACAAUCAAUCCAAAAUCUAUCACAAUGGGCCAACUUUUCGGUGAAUUCGAUCCAGUUUCACAUGAGUGGACCGAUGGCGUCACCGCAAAUACCUUUCGAGAAUUCGCAUCAAAUGACACGCCGGACCGGAAGUGGGUGGUCUUUGAUGGGCCAGUCGAUACACUGUGGAUUGAAAGUAUGAAUACCGUACUGGACGACAACAAAAAACUCUGCCUAAUGUCUGGAGAAAUCAUCCAGAUGUCACGAGUUAUGAGUUUGAUAUUCGAAACCAUGGAUUUGUCUCAGGCUUCGCCUGCUACAGUUUCCCGUUGCGGCAUGAUAUACAUGGAGCCGAUGUCCCUUGGCUGGCGGCCGCUUGCCCGUUCCUGGCUCAACAGUCUUCCCCAAGUCUUGGUGGCCGGUGAUGGUCGAGAAACGAUCAAUGCUUUACUGGACUGGCUUAUCGACCCAUGCUUAGAAUUCAUACGUCUCAACUGUCGAUCCAUGGUGUCCACACGUCAGGCUAAUCUGGUCACUUCAUGUCUGGGGUUUGUGAACAUGUUAAUUGACGUACACGCGCAACAAGAAGACGCAUCAGAAAAUCGUUACCUCCGUCUUUGGACGUGCACCGCCUUCAUAUUUGGGGUCGUUUGGGGUUUGGGCGGAUGCUUGGACCUGAGUGGCCGUCAAAGGUUUGACCAAUUUCUACGAGCUGUGAUGCUAGGUCAAGAUGAGCGUUAUCCAGUGCCGAAAGAACUGGGACCCCGGAUCGAAUUCCCUAUGCCAGAGGGCGGUCUGGUCUACGACUAUUAUUACGAGUACAAAAGUCGCGGGUCAUGGAAACACUGGAAUGAACGCAACAAAAACAUUGACCUCUCAACCAACCGAAAUAUUCGCGAAAUGAUUGUUCCAACAAUGGAUACGGCUCGUUAUAAGUAUAUCAUCCAACUUUGUUUAGACAAUGGUCGUCGUCUCAUGUUUAUUGGACCAACCGGUACAGGGAAAUCCGCAUACGUACAAGAAAAACUGAUGCGUGAGCUGGACACCGAAAAAUUCGUGGCCUAUUUCAUGAACUUUUCUGCUCAGACAAGUGCGAAUCAGACACAAAUGAUCCUGAUGUCAAAGGUUGAUCGAAGGCGCAAGGGUAUUUAUGGCCCACCGGUUGGAAAAACCGCUUUGUUUUUCGUCGAUGAUUUGAAUAUGCCAGCAAAAGAAGAAUAUGGUGCACAACCACCGGUCGAACUCCUACGUAUGCUCGUGGAUCAUGGCUACUGGUAUGCUGCUAUAUACACACAUAUAUAUGCUAUGUACGAUCUGAAGGAUACGACAAAACUUAUAUUACAAGAUAUCAAUCUCAUUACUGCAAUGGGACCCCCGGGUGGAGGAAGAAAUGAUGUAACGCAACGUUUUCUACGUCAUUUCCAUAUGGUCAGCAUGACUCCUUUUAACGAUGAAACCAUGUACCGAAUCUUCUCGACUUUGAUGUUGACCUACAUGAGGGUACAAGAAUUCAGUUCCGAGUACAUCAGCAUGGGACAGGUGAUGGUUAACUCCACCCUGGAAGUGUACAAAGCGGCAAUGGAAAACCUGCUGCCGACACCUGCCAAGUCACACUAUCUGUUCAAUCUGCGUGAUUUCAGUCGCGUUAUUCUCGGCAUCUGUCUGAUUAAAAAGGAUCGAGUUGAAGACAAAAAGACCUUCGCUCGUCUUUGGACUCAUGAAGUCAUGCGUGUCUACUACGAUCGUCUGACCGACGAUCCCGAUCGUAACUGGCUGUUUAACUUUAUCAAAAACGUUUUGGUCGACAAUUUCAAGGAGAAAAUCGAUCUUCUUUUCGCCCACUUGACAAAAGGCAAUGGCGAGCCGGUCGAAGAAAAACACCUUAGAAGUCUUCUGUUCGGGGACUUUAUGGAUACGGAUUCCUUACCCGAAGAUCGAGCCUAUGAAGAGAUCAAGGAAAUUUCGGCUGUCUAUCCUGUGAUUGAGCAGUGCCUAGAAGACUAUAAUCAGGCAAACAAAAAGAAAAUGCCGCUUGUUAUUUUCAGGUAUGUGGUCGAACACCUUUCACGCAUUUGUCGAAUCCUCCGCGUGCCAGGAGGUAACGCACUCCUUGUCGGGGUGGGUGGCUCGGGCAGGCAGUCACUCACUCGACUAGCCGCAGCAAUGGCCGGAUAUAGCAUAUUCCAGCCAGAAAUUUCAAAGAACUACGGUAAAGCAGAAUGGCGGGAAGACAUCAAAAUCCUCCUCAAACGAGCCGGCGGUGAAGGCAAACCGACGGUGUUCCUCAUGACAGAUACACAAAUUAAAGAAGAGUCAUUUCUAGAAGAUAUUGAUAACCUACUGAACUCUGGAGAAGUGCCCAACCUUUACAGUUCGGAAGAGAAAGCUGAAGUUAUGGAUAUGGUUCAGACUGCUCAAGAGGCUGCUUCCGGUGUAGGACAGUCAGCAGAUUUAUCUCCGCUGGCGCUGUACGCUCUUUUCGUAAACCGAUGCAAGGAGAAACUCCACCCCUGGCCAGAAGAUGCACUGGAGAGAGUUGCCCACAAAGCCUUGCAGCACCUGGAUAUGGAUGACGAAGUGAGAAACGUGACGGUCCAUUUGUUCAAGUAUUUCCACACCUCCAUAACUUCACUAGCUGAUAAAUUCUUGCGACGCCUUGGAAGAAAAACCUACGUGACGCCAACCUCAUACCUGGAACUGAUCGACAGCUUCCAACGGUUGUUAACACAAAAACAGAAUGAAAUAAGUCGAGCAAGGACGCGCUAUGUGAACGGCUUGGACAAGUUGGCGUUUGCCUCUACUCAGGUAGCUGAUAUGCAAGUCAAACUUGAGGAACUCCAACCACAACUCGUUGAAGCCAGUGCAGAAAACGAGAGCCUACUCAUCGUCAUUGCCACGGAAUCCGUGGCAGUCGAAGAACAACGAGUCAAGGUCAAAGCAGAGGAAGAGAUUGUCAAUCAGAAAGCGGACGCUUCAAAGGCACUGAGUGAAGAAUGCCGGGCUGACCUAGCUGAAGCACAGCCAGCGUUGGACGCCGCUCUCUGUGCACUGGACACAUUAAAACCGGCAGAUAUUACAAUUGUGAAGUCAAUGAAGAAUCCUCCUACCGGAGUCAAGCUGGUCAUGGAAGCUGUAUGCGUAAUGCGCGAUAUCAAACCGGAUAAGGUAAACGAUCCCGCUGGGUCCGGGAAAAAGAUCAAUGACUACUGGGGUCCGUCCAAAAAGCUUUUGGGUGAAAUGAACUUUUUGGCCUCGUUGCGUGAGUUCGACAAGGACAAUAUCAAUCCAGCCAUUAUGCAACGUAUCAGAAAAGAAUACAUCGUCAAUCCGGACUUCGAUCCUGCUCAGGUUGCCCGUGCAAGCUCUGCUGCAGAAGGUCUUUGUAAGUGGAUCAUGGCUAUGGAGCAGUACGACCGAGUCGCCAAGAUUGUCGCACCUAAGAGGGCUAAGCUUGCGGAAGCUGAGGCCGAAUUGGCGGAAAAUAUGGCCGCUUUGAAAAAGACGCAGGCAGCGUUGCACGAAGUGGAAGAAAAACUAGAAAACUUGCAGAAUCAGCUGCAAGCCACGCAAGACGAGAAACAACGUCUUGAAGAAGAGGUGUUGUUGUGCGCUACUAAGCUGGAGCGAGCCAAAAAACUUAUCGGUGGUCUUGGUGGUGAAAAAGACCGAUGGAGUCAGGCGGCGGACCACCUCCUUCAAGUGUACAGUAAUCUAACGGGAGAUAUCCUGGUUUCGGCUGGAGUUAUUGCUUACCUAGGGCCAUUCACAUCGGUCUUUCGAGAGGAAUGUAUACACGACUGGAUCCGAUUAUGUACCGAGUACAAGAUUACCUGUUCCGAAAACUUUUCCCUUACAAACUGCUUGGGAGAUCCUGUGAGGAUUCAACAGUGGAAUAUCAAUGGAUUGCCGCGAGAUGCCUUCUCCAUUGAUAACAGUGUUAUUGUCGCCAUGGCUAGACGAUGGCCCCUCAUGAUCGACCCGCAAGGUCAGGCAAACAAGUGGAUAAAGAACAUGGAGAAGGAGGCCGGUAUCACCGUGGUGAAACUGACCGACAGCGAUUUCAUGCGCAACCUGGAAAACGGAAUUCAGUUCGGAACUCCGGUGCUGUUGGAGAACGUUGGAGAAGAUUUGGAUCCCAGUUUAGAACCUCUACUUUUGAAGCAAACAUUCAAGCAAAGUGGUGUCGAAAUGAUCCGCUUGGGUGAGAAUGUCAUUGAAUACUCCAGAGACUUUCGAUUGUACAUCACAACCAAACUACGCAAUCCACACUACCUGCCCGAAGUGGCAGUGAAGGUGUCCCUGUUGAACUUUAUGAUUACACUAGAAGGUUUGGAAGAUCAACUGUUAGGAAUUGUGGUUGCUAAAGAAAAACCGGAACUAGAAGAGGCCAGACAAGAACUAAUCGUCACAACCGCCAACAACCGACGUAUGCUGAAAGAAACAGAAGAUCGAAUAUUGGCCACCUUAUCCGAGUCAGAAGGAAACAUCCUGGAGAAUGAAACUGCUAUUGAAAUCCUCGACUCAUCCAAACAGUUAUCUGAUGACAUUCAGAAGAAACAGAAGGUGGCAGAAGAAACACAAAAGAAGAUUGACAGUACCCGGAUGGACUACGCACCAAUUGCCAAGCAUUCAGCUGUGCUGUUCUUCUCCAUAACAGAUUUGCCGAAUAUUGACCCCAUGUAUCAGUAUUCUCUAACAUGGUUUGUCAAUCUGUUUAUCAACUCUAUUCACGACAGCAACAAAUCAAAAAUAAUCGAAAAGCGAAUUCGCUACCUGAUUGACCACUUCACCUACAGUCUCUACGUGAACGUCUGUCGUUCGUUGUUCGAAGCUCACAAGUUGUUAUUUUCCCUGGUGCUGUGUGCUAAACUCCUGAUGUCGAGAGGAGAGCUAGAAAUGAGUGAAUUCCUCUUCUUCCUUACCGGUGGUGUUGGCUUGGAGAAUAAACUGGCCAAUCCGGCCAGCAACUGGUUAUCAGACAAAAGUUGGGAUGAGAUCUGUCGUCUUAGUUCAUUGAAGAGCUUCAAAGGAUUCCGUGAACACUUCGAGACCCAUUUGACGGAGUGGAAGCGUUACUAUGACAGCAAAGAUCCACACGAGACUCCAUUGCCUCCACCCUGGGACAAGGUCGACGUUUUCCGUGCGUUAAUCGUUCUACGGUGCAUCCGCCCCGAUAAGGUCGUUCCUGGGGUGCUAAAUUACGUUCGCGAAAAGUUGGGACGCAAGUUCAUUGAGCCUCCUCCGUUCGACUUGGCGCGUACGUACCAGGAUUCGAGCUGUACGACUCCGUUGCUGUUCAUUUUGUCACCUGGUGCAGAUCCGACUAUGGCUUUGCUCAAAUUCGCUACAGACAAGGGUUUCGGUGGUGCCCGUUUCCAGUCCAUCAGCCUUGGACAAGGUCAAGGUCCGAUUGCAGCCAACAUGAUUGCUCAGGGAAAAGCAGAUGGCUCGUGGGUGCUCUUACAAAACUGCCAUCUAGCCGUGAGUUGGAUGCCUGCUUUGGAGAAGAUUUGCGAAGAUCUGACAAUUGAGAAUACGAACGGGACUUUCCGACUCUGGUUGACAAGUUACCCCUCACCGAAGUUUCCGGUCACGGUGCUACAAAACGGAGUGAAGAUGACCAAUGAACCACCCACAGGACUCAGGCAAAACUUACUCCAGUCCUAUUUGAAUGAUCCAAUUUCUGACCCGGAAUUUUUCGGAGGUUGCGAUGGUAAACAGGAAACCUUCGAGAAACUGCUUUACGGAUUGUGCUUCUUCCAUGCUCUUGUGCAAGAACGGCGUAAAUUUGGUCCUCUUGGCUGGAACAUACCAUACGGUUUCAACGAAUCCGAUUUGCGUAUAUCUGUACGACAGCUGCAAAUGUUUGUCAACGAAUAUGACAAGGUACCGUAUGAUGCAAUUCAAUACAUGACAGGCGAGUGCAACUACGGUGGUCGAGUAACGGAUGAACGGGAUAGACGGUGUUUGAUGACGAUUCUUUGUGAUUUUCUAUGCCCAGCUAUUGUAUCUGAUCCAAGGUAUAAGUUCUCGGCCAGUGGACUCUAUUUCGCUCCCAAUAAAAUGGAGUACACAGAUUAUUUGGAGUUUAUCAAGAGUCUACCAGCCACCCAGAACCCUGAAGUGUUUGGUAUGCACGAGAAUGUGGACAUUACACGCGAACUGAGUGAAACUCGAAUGCUUACCGACUCUAUCCUACUGACUGUUGGUCAGAGUACAGCAGGCACUGUUGGGUUUUCUGAUGCCGAGUUGGAUGAAAUCGCAUCAGACAUCUUGGGUAAGAUCCCAGCCGCGUUUGACUUGGAAGAUGCCAUUAAAAAGUAUCCAGUCAAGUACGAGGAGAGUAUGAACACGGUGCUGGUGCAAGAGAUGGAGCGAUUCAACAAUCUAACAAGAGUUAUCAAAAACACACUGACAGACUUGAAGAAGGCCAUCAAAGGUUUGGUGAUCAUGUCGGAGAUGUUAGAAUCUUUGGCUGCCGCUCUCAGCGUGAACAAAUUACCGGACGUCUGGGCAGGAAAAUCCUAUCCAAGCUUGAAGCCUUUGGGAUCUUAUAUCAACGAUUUAACCGAACGCUUGGACUUCUUUCGGCGUUGGUAUCAAGAGGACAAACCACCAACCUACUGGAUAUCAGGUUUCUUCUUCACCCAAGCGUUUCUCACUGGGGUAUUACAAAACUACGCUCGUAGAAAUACUAUCCCAAUCGAUUUGUUGGCUUUCGAUUUCGCAGUUCUACCGACGCAUCAUGAAGAUACGCCUCCAGACGAAGGUGCUUAUGUUCACGGGUUGUUUCUUGAUGGUUGUCGAUGGGACUAUGACGCAAUGGAGCUUGGUGAACAACAACCCAAGGUCCUAAACGAACCGAUGCCCAUAGUACAGCUCAAACCAAUGCUCCGUGAAAAGUUGGAGACAGUUUCGGCCACUCUUAAUCGGUACACUUGUCCCGUGUACAAAACGAGUGAACGGCGUGGUGUUUUGUCCACGACCGGACAUUCAACCAACUUCGUCCUAGCCGUGUUCCUCAAGACCAGCGUUAAUCCGAGUCACUGGGUCAAACGGGGAGCCGCCUUAUUGUGUCAGCUGGAUGACUGAGGAUUCUAGUCAAGGAAAGCUUCUCCUCACUCCCCACACUCCUGAAAAAGAAAAGCCGCAAACGCAAAAGAUCAACUACUACUACUGCCAGAACCACUGGCGCAAAGGCGUGAUAUUUUUGCAGAUUUGUUGCUUUGUGACAAUGAACAUGAG